UAUGAGUGCGAAACAUGCGAGCGAGAAUUCGUCAGCCAACAUGCUGCAAACCAGCAUAUGGAUGCGCUUAGUCACUGGGCGCCACGGUUUGAAUGCGAAACAUGCGAUCGCGAAUUCGAUACUCAACGGUCCGCCAACCAGCACACGGACGAUAGCAAACACUGGACACCUCAAUUCGAAUGCGAGACUUGUGAUCGGAGGUUCCAUAGUCAGAAUGCUGCCACUCAGCAUAUGAACGAUAAGGGCCAUUGGGCUCCACAGAUCAAAUGCGAGAUAUGUGAUCGAAGGUUCCAUAAUCAAAAUUCUGCUAAUCAGCAUAUGGAUGCCUUAAAUCACUGGAAAAGCAAAUAUUGUGGUGCUUGUGACAGAGGUUUUACGAACGAGAACAACCUCGAGAUGCAUCUCAGCUCGAGCAUCCACCGCGGGACUCAGGUACAGUGCCAUUUUUGCAAGGGGCCUUUCACCUCAGCCAGCGGGCUAUCCCACCUUGAAUCUGCUUCAUGCUCCAGAGCCAACAAUCUUAAUCGAGAAAAGAUUUACCGGGCAAUUAGGAACCGCGAUUCCGGAGGUAUAAUAACGAUGGAAAUCAUUGAGUAUCCUGAGUUCGAGACUCAGAAUAUUGCGACAGGUGCCACGUGGAAUGGGUUUAGCUAUGAAUGCUAUCUUUGCCAUCGAGAAUUCGACACUGUUCGACAGCUUAAUCAGCAUCUGGGCUCGCCAGCUCAUAGCCAAAAGCUGUAUCAUUGUUCAAACGGUAAGUGUGGCAGUGAAUUUGUCAGCCUCGCCGCACUUUUCAAUCACCUCGAAAGCGAGAGCUGUAAUCUUGUGCGUUUUGAGAAGGUCCAACAG